ACAAAUUAAUUUUGUUUAAUCGUCCUACAGAUACUGCUCCGCUGAAUAUUCGAUUGUUUAAUAUAUACUUAUCUUUGUAAUUGGUUUAUUUUAGACGCAAACGUCUCCAAUAAGACAAAAAACGUAUUGAGAUUUGAAUGCGUCUCAAUGGAGAAUCCGCCUUUCUGGGCCACACAGCGCCCCCUGCAGUAAUAAACCGGGAUUUUACAGGAAACAGUUAGUAGAGCCAGUUCAGUGACGCAUGACAGCGAAUCUUUGAACUAUAAAAUCCAUUUGAAAGUUUCUCGCCACGCGAACCGGCCGCGUUUCGCUUGCACAUGAGUGCAGUUAAAGGAGAAAGCUUCGAAACGCUUGAAUGAGAGUUACUGUUGUUGUUGCUGCUGCCGGGCUUUAUUUGCGUAUUGUCUCAAUAGAGCAUCAGUGUUAGCGCCUUCACAGCUUCACGGUGAUUUAAUUCAUCAGGAUGGUUGUGUUGAAGAGUUUGCAUCCCCCCAGCGAGGGCGUGAGGCUCCAGCAGGCCGACACCACUGCAGUUCUGGACGGGAAGAGGCUGGGAUCAGGGACGCUGUUUGUGGCUGAGGCGCAUCUGUCCUGGUUUGAUGGUUCAGGGAUGGGUUUCUGUCUCGAGUACCCCUCCAUCAGUCUGCACGCGAUCUCACGAGAUCUCAGCGCCUUUCCAGAAGAGCACCUGUAUGUGAUGGUCAAUGCAAAACUGGACGAUGAAGCUGAAGCAGAGCAGCAGGAUAAAGCUUCGGAUGAUGCAGGAGAGGACGACGAGGAGAGCGACAGCGACAGUGAAGACUCAGGAACCAUCACAGAGAUCCGCUUCGUGCCCAGUGAUAAAGCCGCAUUGGAGCCCAUGUUCUCCGCCAUGUGCGACUGUCAGGCCCUGCACCCCGACCCCGAUGACGCCGACACCGAUGAUGACGAUUACGAGGGAGAGGAGUAUGACGUCGAGGAGGCUGAGCAAGAGCAGGGUCAGGGUCAGGGCGACGUCCCCACGUUUUACACCUAUGAGGAGGGUUUGUCUCACCUGACGGCCGAGGGUCAGGCCACACUGGACCGGCUACAGGGGAUGCUGGCCCAGUCCGUCGCACAGCAGUACCACAUGGCUGGAGUCAGGACCGACGUGCCUUCGGCCGAAUUCGAAGGACUUAGUCCUGAUGACAGAUUACAGCGGCGACACACAGAACAGGCCCAGGCUGAGCAGCUUGCACAACUGCUUUUUGAGUAA